ACUCAGCAAACUGAUUUCUUCUUAGUGGCCAGUGCUGAUUUGGUGCUCAGUACAGCGUAGUAACGUACCCCGGGUUGUUUAUGCUUGCGUUUUGUAGUGUUUUUUUUUUUUUCUUUUUUUCAUACUUCGCUCCGUUCACUGCUGUGACAGUGGGAAGAGUCACCCUCGACGUGGACGUGGUCAGUUGGCGUGUCCCGACUCGGAGUGACGGCUGUGCAGUCCUAUGAUUCCUCCUAAACGUUUUUUUUACGCUGGCCCAUUUUCUAACAAACUAACGUUAUAUCGCUAACUUAAGUUAUAUCGUGACCUAGUUACACCCUCAUUGGAAGUUGACGACAGCCGGGGUCCAAGAUGUCUGUAGCGGGCUUGAAGAAACAGUUUUAUAAAGCCAGUCAGAUGGUAAGUGAGAAAGUUGGAGGUGCAGAAGGAACGAAACUAGAUGAUGACUUCAGAGACUUGGAACGGAAAGUAGAUGUGACCAGUAAAGCCGUUGCAGAUGUGAUCACCAAAACAUCAGAGUACCUUCAGCCAAACCCAGCAUCGAGGGCCAAACUGUCCAUGUUGAACACCAUGUCCAAGAUCCGCGGUCAGGUGAAGAACCCAGGCUACCCUCAGGCAGAGGGGCUUCUAGGAGAGUGUAUGACCAAGUAUGGACGGGAUCUCGGAGAAGACACUAACUUUGGCGGAGCACUAGUAGAUGUAGGAGAGGCCAUGAAGAGAAUGGCAGAAGUCAAAGACUCUCUAGACAUCGAUGUCAAACAGAACUUCAUUGAUCCAUUGCAAGGGCUCUGUGACAAGGACCUCAGAGAGAUACAGCACCACCUAAAGAAGCUGGAAGGUCGUCGCCUGGACUACGACUACAAGAAAAAGCGUCAGGGCAAGAUCCCAGAUGAGGAAGUUCGACAGGCCCUGGAGAAGUUUCAUGAGUCAAAGGAAGUGGCCGAGACCAGCAUGUACAACCUUCUGGAGACUGAUAUAGAGCAGGUGAGCCAGCUCUCAUCCCUGGUGGAGUCUCAACUGCAGUACCACAGACAGGCCGUGCAGGUGCUGGAGGAGCUUUCUGACAAACUUCGAGACAGGAUGAAUGAGGCCCAAUCUCGACCAAGACGUGAAUACACACCGAAACCCAAACCUAUCUUUGACUUCGGAGACAACAACCAUUCAAAUGGUGGUUACUCAACCUCAAUGGCCCCUCCACCUUCACGUAACUCAGAGCCAUCGUUUCACUUGGCCAGAUUGUCCUUUCGGAAGCCCAGAUUGUCCCCGGAGCAGCCGAGCUGUAAGGCGCUGUACGACUUCGAGCCAGAAAACGAGGGCGAGCUAGGCUUCCGCGAGGGCGACAUCAUCACCCUGACCAAUCAGAUCGACGAGAACUGGUAUGAGGGAAUGCUGAACAGCCAGUCGGGAUUCUUCCCUCAAAACUACGUCGAGGUCCUUGUUCCGUUGCCACACUAAUAUUAAGAGAGCGAGAGAGCUGAGAGGAGACUGAUGGGAGAGGAGGAGGAGGAGGAGGAUGAGGAGGAGAGCGGGAGUAGAAUUAGUACAGAGGGAGGAAAGUGAAGCCAAGGGAUGGUUCGCAGAAUAUUCAACUCUUAACGUCGUCAUCACAGACGAGCACUUGUGUCAUCAGGAGUUGUGGAGAGGAUGGUCACGUUUCAAAGUCCAGACCAGAGUAUCAACCUGUGUCACCCAAAGGUAAAAGGACUAAGAUGGACACAAAACAUCAUUACCCGUAAUCUGACAGUGAAAAACAUUUCUUGAGGACUAACUGAUAAAACAUGUAUGAGGUUUCUUUCUUCUUUUUUUUUUUUUUUUUUUACCACAAAUUACUGAUAUAAAACAGAGAAUUUAUAUUAAAUCUGGUUGUUUGAUGACUGAAGAGACACAUUUAUAUCAUCCUCCUGCAUGACUGCAGUCUGUUUAAAACUCAGGUUGGUCACCAACUUAACAGACCAUUUUCAGACUGGAGAGGCCAAGUUACUGUUAUUUGUAACUUGACUGUUAAUAUUUUCAUUUCAAAUCUUUUUUUUUGCCCCACAAUGACUGGAGCUCAUCUCUUGAUGCCACCUGCUGGCCAGACUGAGAAUGACUUUUUCCUGACUAAAAAUGGAACUACACAUGACUAAAAUGUGGUUUUAUCUAGUUUAACCUACAGUAAUAAAUAAAUAAAUAAUACUGUAUCACAUUUUUAAUGAGAAAGACAGGCCUAAAUUAGCCUCAGAUUUGUGAUUUAUAUCAUUUGCAGGUAUUGGCCUAUUUGUAAAUGCUCUUUUUUUUUAAGCUGUCAGUGAUGAUGGCGUCAGUGAGGGUCCCGUUUAUUUCAGUAUUUGAUUUGUGUUCGUCUCAACUUACUACAGUAGUUUUUAAAGAGUAGAACUGCUUACUGAAUAUGUGAGAAAAUGUUGUAAUUGCACCUUGGUACUCAAAUGAGAUUGAUAUGUGUGUGUGUGUGUGUGUAUGUGUGUGUGACAGACUUAAUCCACCAUUACACACAGACCCAAAGUUGAAUGCAGACGUUGCACCUUUUUGUCACUUAAAGCAGGCACGUGUUUGUUGUCUAAAAAAAUGCAGAAUGAUUUGUCAGUGAUGUGGUUGUCUGCUAGUCUGUUCAAUAGAGGAGACAGAGCCAAAAAGUCUUUGAAAAAUGCAAUAGAAACAUUUCUCUCAAUGCGCCUAUUUUUUUAAACUAAAUACUCUAUAACAGCCAUAUAUUCAUUUAGUUAUGGGCCUGUUUGUCUGAGCAUGUUAAGCCUUUUCUUUUACCUGCUUCAGUCGUUUGACCUGUUGUAGACACCCGUUAACUCCAUGCAGUGCCUGAAUAGACGACGCUGCUGGCAGCGACUCCGUCUUUCACAUUCAUCACUAUUUGUCCCUCUGUUACUGCCUUCCCUCGUGUCUUUGAAAAUGUGAAACUCAUCUUUGCUCUGCAGUUAUCUGAAACUAAGUCUGACCCUGUGAUUCUGAUCAUUCACAAAGGAUCUGAUUUGAUUUAUUUGUCGGCACGUUGGGCUGAUGUAGACAGGUUGUCUAGACAAGGCUGGCUUCUUGUUCUGGAUUUAGCCACACCUGCAGAUGGAGUCUAAUCCAGCGUACCCUGUAUGAGGGAAAGACCUGGACUGAAAGGGAAACCAUCAAGGGAAAAAUAUGUGUAAGCUGUUGUCCAUUUUGAUUAAUUUGGGUUAUGUUUUUUUUUUUUUUUUACCAAACAUGAAUCUUUACCAAACAUUUAUUGUCAGUCCAGUUGAUUUUGAAUUGUCUGGGGGGGAGGGGUUAAUUGUGAAUGACAAAUCUGUACUCUGUCACCGUUUGCAGUCUCUCUGCUCCAUACGUCUGACCUUUGCCCUCCUUUUAUCUGUGUUUGUCCAUCACUCCACGCUGCCAAACACUUCCCCCACUCCCGAGUUUUGGGCCUCGUCUAAUAUGUUUACAUCUGUGAUCUUUUUACAUUUCACUGCUCAUAUAAAGUUCAGGGUAAAGUUGAAGGACUGUAGGAGGUGCUGUCUGGAUCACACUGUUGUCAAAAAAAAAAAGUCCUUGCUAGCUUUGUUUUAGUGCCUUUGGAAAAGAAAGAAAGGGGGGAACGCACCGUACAGUAACUAAUACAGAAACCAAAACCUAACCUAGCUACUUAACAAAUGGUCAAGAAUUUCGUUUUUCUAUUUUUUGGUUUGAUCUCUAGCCGUUGGCACUUUCCUGUGUAAAGAUGGAAUGCAUGUGUGCAUAUUUCUGCACGUUUAUGACACUACAGGCAGUUUCCUGGAUAUGUGUUGUUUAGACUGUUUGGUUUGUCAGCAGACCACCAGCGGAAACUGUUUUUUUUUUUUUUUUUAAUGUAGAUUUUAAUCCAUGUCUGAAAAAAAAUGUCCCACUGAUUUCUUUUUUUAAAGGGCUAUGUAUUUGUUUAAUCAGUCUUAAAUGCUCCUUUGAACAGCAUCAUUCUGGCUCUCUAUAGUAUUUUUUUAUAUACAAGACCUUAAAACAUUUUAAAUUAAUCCUUGCAUGUAGUCCUAUAUUCUGCCUUGUAAAUGUAUGUGAUAGGUUUAAGUUGUCUUUUUACUUUUGGUAUCAGUACCGAAUUUAACCGCAAUAUUUUGUCCUUUAUUAUCAAAGUAUUUGUACUUGCUUCUUUCUCGUCCCCCAUCUCCCCCUUCUUACAAUAAACAAAGAGGAAAAAUA